AGUUCAUAGUAUCAUUCAAGGUUGAAAAUGUUUAGAGCUGAAAAAUGCCAUUCUGAAGUACUAAAAAGGAAGCAACCUCCAAAACCUUUGUAAUUAAUCCAUUUUUGAUGAUCAGUCACAUUUCUGGCAUUGAGUAAGCAUAAGUAUGUGUCAGAUUUCAGUUCCAAGAGCUAAGUCCUUUGAAAAGGUUAUAAACUGAUUUAGAAACUUUGGAGAUCAAAAUACAAGAAUAACUCAGACAAGUAGUUGUCAUGUAAAACACCCAACAAGUCACUUUUGUUUAUACUGCCUAUGGCAUGACCCAUAGAGAUACCUUUUCUUUUUUGCUGGAAGAAUAGUUUUUAUAAGAAUCAGUACGUUCAAUAAUCUCCCUCAUUCCUCUUUUCUGCGUUUCCCCAGUAAGUCUCAUUUAAGAAAAGGAUCAUGCUUAGUUGUUAAACAGUACAGAAAAUCAGGGAUAAGCUACGGAAGAUGAUGCUUGAAAGGGAAUAACAUAUACUUCAGUGCAAAAGUUUCACUUACAUGACAGAAUUCAGGCUGCGUAACUUGCCUUACACUGUCUUGUGUUGUUACUGUGUUCAUAUGUUCCCAUGUGCAUACCCCCAUAUACAUGGUUUUCUGAUUGAAUCAAUCUGAGGAUUUUAUCUCUUAGGUGUUCUCUAGAAGUGAAAUGGUCAAGUGUUCAUAACUGACUGGUUUUCAAAAAGCUGUGGGUUUUUUUUGUUAAUGAGCAUGAAAAUAUGAAUGAGGUGUACAAACUGAAAUAAAGAAUCAUUUUUCUUCUAUUCUAGAAAAAUCAUCAUGUCUUCCUCUAGACUGGGACUCCGUUUGGCUGCCUGUUUACUAAAUUUCAUUGUUGAGAAUAUAGCAAGAGCAGCUCUUCUUGAAAAAAAAGGGCAGCACCAUCCUGAAGUAUCAGUGCUCAAUAUAUUUUCUGAUCAGGACUACAACAGAUCAGUCAUUACCAUAGCAGCUUCUGUCGAUAAAUUAGGCCUUGCUGAGAAUCUGGUCCUGCGUCUUCCUAGCUGUAGUGUAUUUCUCUUUGGUGAGGCUGACCUGCCUGAGAAGCGCUCUCUUGUCCAGAGAAGGAAGCAUCUGGGUUGGUUUAUAAGGAGGGAUUUCAGCACCCUUAAACCUGACCUGGGAGCUGCACCUGCCCGGAGAUGUGGUUUAACAGGUUCUUGGUAUAAUUACACUCUGCUUUUGUUUUUAAAUUUGAUAAUAGAAUCCUGAGGUCCCAUUCAUUCAGUGCCUCCCACAUAAUGCAGGGGGGUUGCAGCUGCGGCUCCUUUUGGAAUCAGGCAUCAGAGCCAGCCCAUCUGUGAUGAACUGCAACGUUACUAUAGACUCUCAAGACUUGGCUUUGGGAAGAGAGAUCACAAGUGCCAUUUGGGGCUCAAAUGUGAAUGAUUGAAGGGUGUCCAAGCAAUGGCUUUUCCCCAUGAAGGGAAAGUUGAAAUAGCUUGCAAUGUAGAGAGUUUUGAAGACCAAGAAUCUACAGAAACCUCUGAAGACUCUCAAUACAUGGCUCACAGUGUCCUUGGGGACCACUUUUCUUAUGUAUCUCCUCAUUACAUAGAAACUCAAGUUAAAAAGUUGGCAGGUGAUCAGGGAGUUGGUACUACAGGGAGAGCAUUAAUUGGAUUUAUACCCCAAGAAUGCAAGAACUGUGCUGAAUAUGCUAUCAAGGAAAAUAUUGGGGAAUUCUGGAAGAUACGGGGAGGUGUCUUCAUGUGAUCCGAUCUAAGGCUUCACUGAAAUUUUAAGGACAACUAUCCAUCAUUACAAAGUGUUCUUUUGGCCAAUGAAGAUGAGGGGAAGAUACAAAGAGCUUACUUGCAGCCGUGUAUUGGAAAACUAGAAACAUGCUAAGUUCAACAAAUACAAAUGUUUAUAGAAUGUCCGUCAUUGCCCUAUAGUUCUAGUAGUCACUAGAACUUCAUGAGAACCUACUGUGUAAAAGUUUUUGCACUUGCAUGUAUUAGAAGCCUUCUUAAAUCAGCUGGAUAAAACGGCCGUGGAUGUGAACCAUUUCUGAUUAUUGUGAACAAAACUAGAAGUGGACUUGGUUUAUUUUGUUUUCCUGAACUCUUUAUUCCCAAGUCCUGUAAUCAACCCUCGUUUCUCAAGUAAUCAUUUAUUUCUAAACGUGCACUUUAAAAGAUCAAGUACUAAGUAACUAAAAAGCAGGGAGAAUCAUAAAAUAAAAUUACUCUUUCAAAGCAUGAUUGUUCUUUUCUUGCCUUCCCACUUUUAAGAUGAUCUAUUGUUCAUUCCAGAGAUAACUCCAAAAGCCAGAUUUGUCUAACUUUUUAAUGUUUAUAUAGGGAGAUGGAAUGGUGAUGUUGGGCAUGACUUCAAGGAAUUGUUUAUCCUUUGGGGUAUUUAAACAGAAAGUCUGAAGGUUUAGGGAAUGUAUUGCUUUUGAGCAAAGAGAAGGGUAUCAGAGGAAGAACUUUGUUUGAAAGAAAUCAAAAUAUGCAGCCUCUUUGUCAAUUAAAAGAAGCCACUUGUUGAUUGGGGUAAUUUUAUGUAAAUCAUUAGUAUUUAUAUUGCUUUAGUACAAGGUGCUUUCUGUUCAUAAAGCACAAAAAUGAAUUUUUCAUAGGUUUUGUUGAGCAAGAAAGAUUAGGUCUUGUCUAAUAAGAGCACAUAAUAUGAAAUUUAUUUUAAGGAAUGAAAAAUAAAAAAGAGGCUGAACUCAGUCUUUUCAUAGGAUCCAGUGAUCUCUCCUGAUAUUCUUUUACUUACAUUUGACUCUUGAAUCUGAUUGUAUUAAUUUUGUUCCAGAAUUGUGAUCUUGUGGGUAUUUCUUUUUGAUGUCAAUAUAUAUCUACAGCAAAGAUAGAGAAGUGAUGGAGUAGAUGUGGUUUUUAGGUAGGAAGUUUAGUUGCCAUAGUGAAGAGAGAAAACGCUGUCCAGUUAGACCCAGUGGGCCAGUGCCUCAGUGUGAGCGCCGCCGAGAAGCAGCAGUGGCUCGUUCUCCUCUUGCUUUGGCAGAGGCUGCGUGGCCUCGCACAGUGAGCCGGGACGCUGGGCUGGAGGACUUGAGCCCUGGUCCUUGCUCUUUCCAUCCAUGUUGCCAUAGUUCCGUUAGCUAUUAAAUGAGGAAAAUAGAUCCUAUCCUGACCUAGCACACCAAGGGAUUAAAUGGAAGUACUUGGUAAACCAUAAUGUACAAAUGAAAUAUAUUAUGAAUACUUUUUCUAGAUCUGUUCUAAAGCUUUGUUCCACUUUUGGGCAUCAUUAUUAAAUGGAGGAAAGAGGAUCAAAGCCUGUGAUGCCAGUGGGUCAUUUGGUGUCGUAGGAAGACUGAUUCACUUGCCGGUUACCUGCAUUAACCUCUCCAGGCUCCUAUCAUCGCUUGCCAGACUGCGGGCUUUGAUCAAGACCUAUUUAAAAUGAAAUAUCUAUUUAAUGGGUGCAGAGUUUCAGUUUUGGAAGAUCAAAAAAAUUCUGGAGGUCGAUGAGGGUGAUGGUUGCACAAAAUGUGCAACAAUUAAUGCCACUGAACUGUACACUUAAAAAUAGUUAAUAUGGUAAAUUUUAUGUAUAUUUACCACAGUUAUUAAAAAGUAUAUAUUUCACAAAAUUUAGGAAAAAAAACUAACCAUAAGAAUAAGAUAAUUUCACUAAUCCCAUGCUUUCUAAAUAAAAUGUUGGCAAAUUUCUACUAUUCAUUAUAAAGUAUAUAAACAUGGAAGGCCUGUUUUUCCCUUUUUAAUCUAUUAUGAUGGCCUCUGGCACUGUCUACGAGGUUCAGUUGAUGGUUUAAGAUAGAGUUGAUUAAAUUUGGCCUUUGAUUCAGCUGUCUAUUUAAAAACAAUAAUUUACUAUUUUUGCUGUAAAUUAUUUUCAAAACCACAAUACACUUCUUACCUCACUCAUAUUCUUAAUUCCCCUUUUCCUUGUACUGUCUUGCUCUCCCUUGCUCCAUCCACCGUGGCUUUUUAGAAAAUCUGAAACAGCUGUAAGUUGCUGACGGUCUAUCCCAUGGACGGACACCGUAUCAUCAGCUCUUUCUAUGCAUAAGCUGGCAGAAGUAGCUGGGAUGGACCUACAGCAAUUAAGGAUUAUCAAAUUGGGUUGAGAAAAUCUGACAAAAUGAACUAACAAAUAGCCUGACUCAUAUUAACCUUUUCUCCUAUUGGUCUCUUAAAAACAAACCGACAGUUUGUGCAAAUGUUCCUGCAGUGUUUUUUUUCCACAGAACCACAAAGUGGACAUUGUACGGAAUGUGGCUUCAUAGCUCAUUUAACCUCCACCUCCUGCCAGAUGACUUUGCCCAUGACUUGUGCCAGUUGUGGGUAGGACAGAAUCAAUGUGGACAGAGUUUGUGUUUUAUCAACUCUAGUGUGUUGCUCUAUUCCACUUUAAACUUCAACUUUUAGUUUCUUUGAAGAGAGACAAGGAAAGCAAAAUGCUAGGCAAUGGGGGUGACAGGGACUUUUGUUAUUAUGGGGGGGUUUUCAUCUGUAUCCAACCUGUAUUUGAGUUUGACGCAACAAUAAAUUAAAACUACUUCAGCAUAAGGGGGAAGGGCAGGCUAAGGAAAAUGUAACUGCAAAGUAAAACAAAAUGGAGAGUAACAUUUUCAUUCCUCACCAUAAUGAAAAGCCUUAGUCUGCAAUUGGUUUGUACUGUCUUGGAAGUGGCGUCCGUGGUCCACAAAGGCCCCCUCUCUGAGAGAUCUGCAAGGAAUUUAUCAUUCCCUCUGGCUGAGCCAAAGCAGGCUUGAUAUACAGUUUUGUUUAGUAUAAAUAUUCUCAUGUUACUGUUUACUCUGUGGGGAUAUGCGGAUCUCACUGACAGGGUACGUGCUCCACUGCCUUGCUUUUAAAAGGCAUUUAUUUGACUCUGUUGUUUGUACUUGCCCAGAAACUUCUGAGAACAGCCUAGGCACUUGUUUGAUAAGCAUCCAGAUCAUGCUCCCAGAGUGUGUUGUGCUCUGGGCUUAGAAAAGCUUAUUGUUUUAAGCAAGCCUGCGCAUGGCUUAGAAGGAGCCCAUUUUUCAUAGGUAAGAACAAUUAGGACACUAACAUCAGUCUCUCUGAAUGCCUCUCUAAGGUGUAAGGAAAUGCUCUGGGGAGGCGUUGCUCUGGUUGCACUCAGCCUGACGUUGGUUUACUCUGCCAUUUCUUUUGUCCCUAUUCGCAGUAUUUUGAGGCAAAUUAGUUGGUCAUAAAUUAAGAUUUUGAGUCAGAGACGUAAACAUGGGAUGAAUUUCUCUUUCUAAAUAUGCUGUAUAUAUGUCAUCCAGCUAUUGUCUCCCAGCCCCACACCUACCCUUCUAUACAAUGCUUUAUGCCACUGGGACUCAGCAAACCACAUUUCUUCAUUGCCAGCUGGUUCCUUGUUAGGCUCUGCCAAUCUGGGGUGCCAAACGGGAAGGCUGUAGGGCUGGAGGAGAAGAGGGCCUUACUCUUUGCUGUUUGCAUCCUGUUUCCAG